UGUUGUGCUGCUGCGUUUGGCCUGUCAACAUGGCUACUGCCGGAGCAGCUGGAGACGACCUGAGAAAAGAGCUCACAUGUGCAAUUUGUUUGGACUUCUUCAAAGACCCCGUUAUACUGAAAUGCGGGCACAAUUUCUGUCGGUUUUGCAUCUCCAUGCACUGGGAUGAAAAUGGCGCAGACUACGGGUACCAGUGCCCACAAUGCCGAACGGUGUUCAACAAGAGGAGCUUCACGCAAAACUACCUGGUUCAGAACCUGGUGGCGAAACUGGACGAUCUGGAGUGUCUGGGGUCUUGUCCGACACAAUCAAAACCGGUUAAAGUGGAUGGAAAGUGUGAACAACACGGAGAAGAGCUUAAAUUGUACUGUCAGACUGAUAAGAGGCCCAUCUGUGUGGUAUGCAGGGAGUCUAGAGCGCACAGACACCAUGAUGUGGCACCAGUGCCAGAAGUUGUGAAUGAUAUGAAGAUGGAGUUGAAGCUGAGGCUAAUGGAGCUCAACUGGCAGAAGUCUCAAUGUGUAAAAGUUAUAACAGCUGAUGAGCGCACCAAAAGUGAAGUCAGGUUAAAGAAACAGAGACUCAAGGAGAAGAUUGAGGCUGACGUCGGAGCCUUGGUCCAGUUCUUGCUAGAUGAGAGAGACUCCCUGCUUGAGAGCCUGGAUGCUGAGGAAGUGGCCACCAUGGCCAUGAUAGACGACAACUUGAAGAUUGUGGAGACUGAGGCGGCAGCUGUGGACAAAGCUAUUACUAAUAUCCACAACCACAUCAGUGGGAAAACGAGCUUUGAGAGCCUUGCAGAGACGUUCAGUGAAGUCAUCCAUUGCAAGCCUUUCACAUCUCUCGAGCAGGUUAAUUGUCAGACUGAAUUUACAGACUUCUCAGGGCCCUUCCAGCUCAUCAUGUGGAAGAAGAUGAUGCACGUGCUUCAUACCAUGCCCCAGAACCUCACCUUGGACCCAGACACAGCUCACCCAAACCUGUUCAUCUCAGACUUUGACACAAAAGUGGAGGAGGGCCGCGUUCGCAACCAGGAGCCAGACCUGCCAGCCCGCUUCACCCGGUUCUGUGGUGUCCUCGCCACAGCCCAGUACGCCAGCGGCCAGCACUACUGGGAGGUGGAUGUGAAGGACAAAGGCGUGUGGUACCUGGGAGUCACCACUGAGUGCAGCAACAGGAAGGGCUUCGUCAGCCUCACUCCCUCCGCAGGGUACUGGAGCCUGUGUCUGCAGGACCGGCUGUACGCCAACGAAGAGGACGGGCGCAUCCCUGUCGCCGACUACUGGAACUCACCUCGGGUCGGCGUGUACCUGGACUACGACAACGGCCGUCUUAGUUUCUAUGACGCCGUCACAAUGAAGAGACUGUACAUGUUCGACACCUGCUUUGAAGAGCCCGUCUACCCUUUCUUCAGCCCAGGGAAGAAUGAUCCAGGCAGCAGGUUGCAGAUAUGCCACUAUUACUGAGAGAGCUGUGAUGAGUGUUUAAAUGUCGUUAUCUCAACUCGUGUAUGCCAGUGUUUUCAGAUUUCACAGACCAGGCAGGAGUGCCAGGGUGACGUUGACCCUUGGAUCCGUGUACUGUAUGCAUUUGAGCUGUUACUUGUUGGUCUUAACUGGUGUUGAAAAAUAAGGGUCACACUGAACUAGAGCUACCAGGUGACUCAUUGCACAUUGGGUGCAAUGAAGAGCUUCAUUUUUCUCCUGAGGUGGAACAAAUUUGGUAUCGUUCUACCUAGACACACACUGUAGGCUUAUGCCCCUGACCACUGUGGCUGGGGGUGGGGGGGUGGGGGGAUUGGAGAGGUGCUUUGCUGUCUAUAACACUGUGUCUGAUGCUCUUAUUGAUCAGAGCAUGUACAGCUCUUAUCCUAUUAGCAACCGCUAUGCCAUACUACUGUCCAUAAACUAGGUUUUUGUCAGUCAGGGUUCAUGUUUUUGCCUUGUUGGGUAGAACUCAAGGACACAUGACAUAGUUAUCACAUUGAUAGCUGUUGACAGUUAAGACUUCCUCGUUAAUUCUAGACUGAAGAGCAGUCGGUCAGAGCUGACGUUGCUGACGAGUGGCUGGGGUUGUUCGUUUCGUGGACGUUAACGUCAGCACAGAUAAUUUUAUCAUUAGCCUCUUUAUGUAUCCUGUUUUAUCCUGUACAUUGUUGACAGUUGUGGACUUGCAAAUUUCUGUGUAUAUUCCCAAGUCACAUUUUGCAGCUUAUUUUAUGUGAGCAGUGAUACUGAAGGUAUUUUAAAAUUAAUUUCAGUCUGCCUGAAAACGAGCAGGUGUAAGACUGUUUUCAGAUAUCCUCACAGCAAAUGAAGUUUACAGCCACGGCCCCACAUAUGUUGUCACUUAACGAGUGAACCUGUAGACGUGUUUUACUUUUAAUGCCAUUCCAACAUCUGUCAGGAUUCUCAGCCAAGAGCCUGGUGGACUUGACUAAAACGAAGACUAGUGGAUUGCUGACUUCAUGGUUUUUUGUUUGCUUUUUACAAAUGACCCCCUCGCAUUUCCUUAUGUUCUUUUUGAUAAUCCUGCUUUAGAUUGCUAAUUGCUAGCUGUUGAGUUGGUCUCAGUGCUGCAAGUUGAUCCUUUUUUAGGUGUAUUAUCCAACUCGUCCAGUCUGAUUUUUAUUUUAAUGCUGUUUUUUUUUUAUUAUUUUUGAAUGUAAAAAAUACAUGUAUGAACAAUUAUAUAUAGUUUUCCCUUCCUUCAUAAACCUGUGCUUUAAACAUUCUUAUUUGAGAUUAUAAUCUUUAGUUUUUAUUAUUAUUGCUUGUGCAGUUUUCCACAGUGCUAUUAUUGACCCACAAGUGGGAUGUUUGCCAUCUUACAGGGUCGUGCAGUGACUUUUUUUUCUUUUUCAAAUGAUCUUAUCGAGGAGCACAGUAGAAACAUUUAACAGCAUGGUUGGUGAUAAUAAUUGAGAAUGGCGGUCCCCUGCAGCCAAUCUCAAGUUGCUCCAUUUUCAGUUUAUUUUUAGACGUCUAAGGUGUUCACAUGUUCGGACUAAACGUCUGUGCUCUUUGACUUUUGAGUAUUUGCUGAUAAAUGUUUUGUCUGAGAUUGUAUACCUCGUUUAAUACCUAUACAUACUUUCCAUUGCUGAGUGUCAUUAAUGUGUUCAGCUUAGCAGUUUUUGGGCUGUGUGUCAUAAGCGUGACAUAAAAAGAUAUAUUGGUAGUCCAUGUCUGUGGCCCUUUCACCUGCUAUGAAUGUGCUUCGUGUUUCUCAGACAUUACAAUGAGA